AUGCAAGUCCUGCACAAGGACCCUUUCUCCGUUUCCCUUGGACAUGGCGACGAUCCGGGUCGGAGAUCUGCCCAUUUGCCGCUGCUAAGCUCGUCGCUGCGCUUGUUGCCCUUGUCGGGUUUGACCCGCAGGGCGGCAUACAAACACGAGGUCCUCAGCCGCAACCCGACCAUUAACCCGCUCUCCUGCUCCACCCUGCACCUCUUCAAGCGCUCCGACUCCUACGCUCCUGCUUCGUCCGGGUUCAGAAACGUCUCUGAUCAACUCAAUCUCCAGAAACUCCUCGACGAAAACUUGUUCUCCUCUUCUACCAAUUCGACUCAUACUCCUUCCCCUUCUUGA